UACAAUUAUCGUAAAAUGUAUUUGAAUCCAGUAGCAUGUUUUGAAGUUAGCGCGAGGGCCUACAAUUGGCGAGUACCUUCGACGUCGAUGAUUGGCCCAGGAGGGCCCGGCGGGGAUGAGGGAGCUAGCGCUGGCCCCGAGUCCCGAAGAACUCCCGAAGAUAUUCACUCUCGACUAGUUUGCCGUCUUGGCCGGUGGUUUCGUCCAGAAUGGUUGUAUCAUAGAAGACAUAUUGUAUCGUUCACGUUUCCGUUAUAUACAUAUUGCGCGUGCAAACAGCCAGCAGUCAACAUCACAGUAUCUACGAGGAUGGACCGUUGGGCAGGAAAAGUAGCAGUGGUCACCGGCGCCAGCUCGGGGAUUGGCGAGGCGAUUGCCAAGAGUCUCGUAGCCUCGGGGCUCAAGGUCGUAGGCCUAGCGAGAAGAUCGGAAAGGCUUGAAGAACUGUCGAAAAAGCUGGAGGUGCAAAAGAGUUCAAAGGGCAAGUUGUAUCCACUACGAUGCGACGUACGUCAAGAAGAGGACAUCCUGAAGGCCUUCGACUGGGUCGAGAAGAAUCUUGGGGGUGUUGACAUCCUGGUGAAUAAUGCUGGAGUAGGCUCUAACAAACGUGUUACUGAGGAUAGCACUGAGAAUUUUCAUAAAAUCAUGGACAUCAACGUGAUUGCCGUGGCCGUCUGCACCAGGGAGGCCGUCAAGUCGAUCAAGGCUCGUGGAGUUCCUGGCCAUAUCAUUAAUAUCAACAGCAUCUUAGGACAUAAUGCGUUGUUAGCAUCCAUGCCGACUAGUUUGUACAGUCCCAGCAAGUUCGCCUUAAAUUGCAUGACGGACGUAACAAGAAUUGAAUUAUCUGAGGUCAAACCUGCCAUCAAAGUUACUAGUUUAAGUCCCGGAUUAGUAAAAACCGAAAUUCUAGAAGCUUCCGGAUUCAGCAACGAAAUAUUUAACGUCUCUCCAUACGUGGAACCUGACGAUAUUGCAGACGGAGUUAUUUACGUUCUGGGGACACCACCUACGGUCCAAGUGAACGAGCUAAUGAUAACACCGGUGGGAAAGUAAUAUUACAAUAGUUUUUAAUUAAUAAUAAAAGUAUUAAUGAACAUGUUGGGAACCAAUAAAAUAAAAUUUGAUAAA